AUGGAAGACAUACAGCCUAUCUCAGCCGCUGAACAGGAGCCUUUCUGUGUGGAACUGAUGAAGCGCCUCAACAUUCAGCGAAAACGAGAUUAUUUGUGCGACAUUACUUUAGUGACGAACGACGACAUAGAGUUAAAAGCUCAUAGAAAUGUUCUUUCCGCCGUAAGUCCGUUCUUUUGCAAGCUUCUUGAGAGCGACAUGAAGGAGAAUCGAGAAGGAAUUAUUCGAUUUGAAGAGAUCUCGGGAUGUGUUAUGGAAGAUGUUUUGGAAUUCAUCUACACUGGAACUGUGGAAGUGACUCAGGAGAAUGCUAAGGAACUGAUCGCCGCAGGAAACUAUCUGAUGAUACCGAGCUUGAAAACUGUUUCAGGGCGAUUUCUGGAGGCCGAAAUGACCGAAUCCAACUGCAUUUCAACGUUUUACUUCGCUGAGAAAUACGACUGUGUCGAACUUAUCCGUGACAGCAGGGAAUUCAUCCAUGAAAAUUUUGCAUUCGUAGGAGAAAUGGAUGAGUUUUUAAGCUUGGAAGCCAAGGAGGUGGCGGUGUGGAUUUCAAGCGACGAGAUUGCUGUGGAGGCGGAAGCCGACGUCUUCGAAAUUAUACUUAAAUGGGUUGAACACAGCAAGAGCGAGCGAAAAGCAGCAUUUGAGGAAUUGUUUCGUCACGUUAGACUGAGUUUUCUGUCGCGUGACUGUUUGGAGGAUGUCGUGACAAACGAACUGGUGCGUGAGAAUUUCGCUUGUGUGAAGCUGGUCAUGGAUGCUACUGUAAAGAUGGCUACUUUUGCGAGUGAAGAAGAUCUCCCACGGUCACCAAGGAAAGGUCUGGAAACGCGUGUUAUUUUAGCAUGUGGUGGCGAGUUCACUUUUUGUUAUCUCCCUGAAGAAGACCAUUGGAAGCGGCUGCCAGACGGGUCAACCGAGAGAAACCAGAAAACACAAAUGCUAACAUUUCGUGAUCAGCUGUACACAUUUAAGGAUUUCAGCAAGGCAGAGAAGUAUGAUCCCGUGUUCGAUGGCUGGUCAAAGUCGGAUCUGAGAGACGUAUCAGCAGAUAGCGCCAUUGUGACUGUUGUCAAAGGGGAUAUGUACGCCAUUGAAGUUAACAAGCCUGUUGGAAAGUCUACUAUCAAGAGAUAUGAUGUGGAGCGUUGCACAUGGCAAACAGUUGUGGAAUCUUCCCAAGGUUGUAGGAACGGUUCCUGUGUUAUCGCAGGUGGUAGCUAUCUGUAUGUUUUGGGUGGAUCGGCCCCUGGCAAUGCUGGUUAUGUCACCAAAGCUGAGAGAUUCAGCACUGGGGUAAACCAAUGGGAGGAGAUCGCGGACAUGCGGCAAGGAAGAUUUGGUGCCUUCGGCGAGGCUACUGAAGGAAAGAUUUUUGUUGCUGGAGGCUUGAAACAGGAUGGGAAAGUGUCAAAAAGAUGCGAGAUGUACAACGUAUCCACAAACGAAUGGCAGUACAUCGGAAGCUUGAACCAUUUUCGUGUUUAUGGUAGCAUGGUGUGCCUGAAGGGAACACUGUACGUAUUGGGUGGCACGAAAAACGCCAGAGAUAGUUUGUUGGCAGUCGAAAGCUACGACUUGACAAAAGACGAGUGGAUUAAGAAGACAACCAUACCAGUGGAAAGAUUCUCUAAAGAUAAUAAGGACACAUUCACUUCCUGUGUAGUUAAGCUCUCCAAAGGAGUAAUUGACAAGGCUAACACUGUACUUGGCUUUGGCUUUUGCCCUUUCGGUACUUGGCAGUCCCAAACAGCUGGGGGCCUUUUUGGAAGUACGCAGUCCCAAACAGGAUUUAGCACUGGGGGUCUUUUUGGUGCUCGGCAGUCCCCCUUUUCGUUCUCUUCAUCCAAUUAAAGUUCGCGACUGUAUUUGAGUAGGCAGAGGAUGCGUAAGUUAAGUUUGCUAUAACAUGAAAUUCCUUUCACUUGAUGUCUAGGGGAACUCUAAAUUUCAGUUGCUUUGGCGAGUCAGAUCUCCACAGUAUUUACUCUAUAGAUUAGAGAGAAAAUAGGCAAGGGCCAAUUUUAAUUCCAGCCAUACAGAGGGGCAUUCAUCACGUCUCGGUGUUAAGAUGCCCCAUGGGUGAUUUUACAACUGUUAUCGAAAGGGAAAACGUAAUCUAACAUGUAGAUUUUUAAUAAUACCACAUCGUCACUGCCCUUAAAAUACAAUCGUGUUAAGUAGAACACAGAUUAACGCUUUAACCCCUAAGAGUGACUGGCAUCUAAUUUCUUCUUGCAAGAACACCCUGUAUAAAACAUUUAGGUCAUGAGAAUAAGGGAAAUGAUCAGCAACUAAAGAAGUUCUUGAUUGUUAAACACAUUCUCCUUUUCAGAACCUUAAGAAAGUAUGGAGAAAGUAUGGAGAAUAUGCAUACUGAUUCUGGGGUGUAAAGGGUUAAUAACAAAUCAAACAAUAACUUAAGGCUUCCACAAAAUUAAGGGCGCAUGCGCAAAGGUACUAUCACAGUUGAAUAUCAGUUGACAAUUGCCCAUAGUUACAAAUUUCUUCCUUAUUAAUAUUUAGAUACCAAGGAGCUUUUAGUAAUAUUUUCGGUCAAUUGAAACCUGGCAAUGUCUUACAGGAACUUUAAAUCUUGAUAGACUGAAGACUGUGCAAAGUGUGACAACAAUCAGCUUUUUCAUAAACGAUUUAUGUUCGUUAGACAAAAGAGAGAUCCAUAAGAACGCGUAUUUUUGUUUCACAAUGAUUACAAACAAGAAGCGUGACAAGUGUCUAUUUUUUUAAAAUCCUUCACAGAUUGUCGAGUGAAUACACUAUAAUUUGAGAGUAAGUGGUGAAAAUAAAGUCUGUGACAUUUCAAGGUGGUGUGUUUUGUUGUUGACGGAUUCCCACCUCAAACAAAAAAAAAUCUUUACACAAUUAAUUGGCUUUGACUUGCCUCAAUGAUUUCAGCAAUAAUCUUGAAUUGAUUUGGCAGUUUAGUAACAUGUCUGGUAAAACCACCUAUGUCGGCCAAACAUAAGGGGUUUUGUUUAUCAGAAUCCUCAUGUAUGUGCAGCCUCCUUAUCAACUAUUUUUGGGAAUUCACGCCAUUCUCUCACCUUGGAACUUAGAGAGUUGCGUUGCGUGACAUCCUGAGGACCAGAAGCAAAGUCGUGUGGUCCGCUAGCUUUUUUUAAUUCGAAAAAUACAUGUACAGGUUUGCAAGAGCUCAUUCAAUCGAAACCACCUCUAGAUUAGACCAGUCCUUAACUACUUGUAUAGUAGUCUUUAAAACAGAUUUACGCUGGUAAGUUGAAUAAUGGAAUAAAUAAACUAACACUUGUCUGUGAAUAAAGAGAAAGGAAUCCUUUGGCUCGUUGUAAAGCUAAACAAACCACUGACUAGACCAAACGAAUUAAGUGUACUUCUCACGGCAAAAGUGUAACCCGCACCGCAGAGCGCGGGAAAGCAGAGGUCGGAGAACCGCUUGGUUGCUCCUGAUUGGUUAGAGUGACCCGAAUCUGUACUCUGAUUCGCUAAAAGAAAUAGCACUAUUAAGAAAGAUCAGAAAAAGCAAAACCAAUGUAAACACAUCAUUACUUUCGAGACAAUUAGGUAAUGUAAGAACUCGAAACUAUAGCAGGGAAAAUACAUGUACUUUAUAUUUCUCCUCACCUGUUCAACUUUCUCCAGAUCCAUUUGAAGGCGGGUGUGCUCUAGAAAAAAAAUUAAAAUAAAAACACGAGAAACAAACUAUAACUAAAACCAAAGACUACCACGUUACAGGUCAUAUUUAAGCCUAUAAAUUAAGGAAGUUUCCCUGUGAGGAUUUGACUUAUUUCUACUGCGUGUAACUCGCUCUUCCUUAAACUGUGAACUCUUGAAUUUGAUUUUCAAGGGCGACAAACAGAUACAAGACUACGAUAUUUCUUAGAAAAAUGUAUUUAUACGUCUGUUACUCACAUUGAGAAAGUUUAAAAUGACAAAUUGACGGCCAUCAAUCCUUGACGUCGAACGUGAAGAAGUGAACAACAUCCUCGAAGAACACACUGACAGAAUAGUGUCGCAAGCAAUAUCCAAGCUAAUAGGGUUGAAAUAACAUGUUUCCUGGCCUAGGAGUCGUCGAGGAAGACUCGUAGUUCGUAAGCUCUUUCCACGUGCAAGAACUGAGCUAAUAAAUGAAUGUUAAUUUUAAAAAAAGAUUUGUCAUUCAAAUGAGAUUUCCGACAUGAUUGAAAACAAUUUUUGGUCACUUCUGUUCAAUUACUGCAAAACGGAACGGGAUGACCAGCUGGUGCAAAUACCUACUAGUAUUCAUAAGAACUCAGAAAUAUAUUACGAAGAGCAUUUUCAAUAAUUUUUCAUCAGCUUUAAUGAACAUAGGCAUGCAUAGCAUGCAAGAGUUAAUUUUUUUGGCCAGGUGGGUUGAGGUGGGACAGUUUGUAAACUUAAUGUUUUCAUUUUUCUCACCGAAAAGAGAAGAAAUUUUAAAAACGAUAAAAAUCGCAGAAAAAAGACGGAAAAAUACCUAAUUCCUCUGCUGUCCAAAUACCUCUAAGUAAAAUGAAAUGCAUCUGUGCCACAACGCCUUCUAUUUCCCGUUUUGGAGAGAGCGCGUUGUGUGACGAGACCAAAUAACGGUUGCGAAAAAGACUACGCUUCCUGCCGUUCCUCCAACAGAGAGAGAAUAUAAAAAUUAUUCGUCUACAACUUUUAACCACAAAUUUUUCUACGAAAAGGAAAUUAAAACUCUGUUGUUCCUCUGAUGGACCCCAACGAAAGAUUUAUAUAUUGCGAUCUCGAAUAAGUGAAGAUACAUUGAACGAGCUAAGAGGAUAAUAUUUGAAGGAGGGCUUUCGAUUGAUGGAAUACGCCUCAAAUAAAACUUAGUAGGCUGUUCGUAAAGAUUUUUCUCGCCCGAUCUCUUCUCGGAACGGAUAUCUGUGCGGUUUUUUUGAAUGAAGGCUGUUUUUAUAUAAAUAAUUCCAAUUACAGUAUCAGAGGGCCUAAAACUUCAGUUUUGCUUUUAUUGUCAUCUCACACUUUUGGCUGAGUUUUCGUUCUCAAAGAGUUGCAUUCAGAGGUAAGAGAACUGAGAGACGAUGCUCUUGUAGAGUUAAGUAUGCGCAUUUUUAAGGAUAUGCCCGGGCAUUUGAUUGAGCAGAAAUGUUCAGUAAUGAUUCAAUAGUUAACAGUUCUGAGUUUCACAUUCUCCUCUUGUAUAAGUUUUGGAUACCCUCUUUGAAUGUCUAGCUUUAAUCCGGGGUUUAUACGUUUAGAGGGAACUCACACAGUUCUUUUUUUGACCAAAGCACUUUGUGCGUUUAGAAGAGUUUUCAAUUUUCAUCAAUUUCAAGUUUGUACAGUAUUCUUUUGGAGAACUUCAGUUCACAGCCAGCAAAUGUAUGUUUAUUGCUUCUGUUGGUUUUCUCUAUGGAUAUGGUUGCUUUUAUAAUCCAUUCAUCCUCUGUAGGGUCUUAGCAUUCAACUGUUAACUCAUUUCCGUCCCCUUGAGUGACCUAAGCUACCCAUGCAGUACAUAAACUUUCCCUUCAGACACAUCACACUCGCAUAUUUGCGGCAUAAAUACUGCCACUCAUUUGUUAAGAUAUUUUACAUCUCACAUGAUCUCCACACCCAUUUAUUUAACAUGGCGGUCCUCCAACUGCAUUUCAACGUUUACUUCGCCGAGAAAUACGAUUGUGACGAGUUUAUGA